GCGCACUGCCCACCAAAGUUAGUUUAGGGGCCUUCUGCCGCCAUGCAGCGUGUUUCGUCUGCUUUGGGGACCAUGUUUGGACCAAUAAGGGGGCUGUCAUUUCCAUUGGCCAUCCUGACUUCAAAACAUUUGAUGCGAAUGUUUUUUGAGAAACAUUUCAGACGCGUGUUUGGAAUUUGUAUUUGUGCAAUAUUUUUCCACGCCUGGUCUUUCACAUGGCGCACUCAAUUGAGAUCACUUCACAUUUGUGUCAGGUCAGCCGAACCCAGUGCGGUACCAUGCUGCGGGGAUGUCCGGCCUCAGGGAAACUCAACGGACUUUGGAAAUGCGACGGGGUUUGAACGUCAGUGGUUUGGUCAGCAACGACAGCCAUGAGACACAGCGGACGCUUGGAGCGCAGUCCUUGAUCGGCACACGUGAUCAGACCAUCCACUACGGCAUAGCACGAGGUCAUGAUCUUCGACACCUCCAAGUGGCCCAGGUCACCAGUUUUCCUGGUUUCAUGCAGCGCUCGCUUUCAGAGAGUACUUUGCGGCGGUGGCCCGAGGCUCCACCGAAGAGCACCACAUUGAGGCCACCCGAGGUGGUGGCAACUGGGGAUAUUCGCCUGCGAACUGCACUGCCACCAGCAGGAGUAAAGUCAGAGACCUGGGAUCACCCGAAGAUUUGCAACUGGUCGGCUGUGAAGUACAAUCUGGUGGCGGAGCAAGCGACACCCAUCAGAUCGUGGGACAAGACAGCCUUCAUGGCGUUGGGAUAUCGCGAUCCGACAGCGCCGGGUGUGUGGCUGCCGAGUCACGCGGCGGAAAAGUGACUCGCGACGAUGCUUCUCACCCAAGGUGAGCCGGGCACGGUUGCUCGCCCAAAGGGCUGCAGCCUUCCCAGACCGCGCUCAAAAAGACUCAAGCGGUCCAGAUGUUGCACAGAUUUUGUU